CAUCAGCUCGCGCGGUCCCACCUCCGUCAUGGUCCGACAGAGCUUGCAGUUCGCCGCUGGUUUGACAGAUUUACUUCCUUGAUACUUGUACCUUGGUCUGUUUCUAGCUCAUGGGAUCUUCAGGACUGGAUCUGUCCUUCCCCUCUUUCCGGUCGCUACUAUAGUGUAUAGUAUUUUAACCCAGCUGACAGCUAGCCUUCCACGCUGUCAACUUCUUUGUUCGCUCUCACUCCUAUACACUACGCAAGGCACGCUUCAAGAUGGGUGCAGACGCGUUACCGGUGUCUCCGGCGCUGCGGAAGAGGGUGUUAAAAGUGUUGUUCAUUUCUCUGCUACUUGACUUGAUAUCAUUCACAUUCAUUCUCCCUCUCUUCCCCAAGCUCCUCGAAUUCUACCGCAAUCACGAAACUGGCGACCCCAACACAAUCCUCUCGAAGAUCCUCGCAGGUCUGAAUGCUUACAAGAACUCGUUUGCGAAACCCAUCAUCUCUCGCUACGACAUCGUCCUGCUUGGCGGAGCACUCGGAUCCCUCUUCUCACUCUGCCAGGCUGUUGCUUCGCCAGUAAUUGGAACACUGUCAGACAAAUAUGGCAGACGGACAGCACUGCUGUGGUCUAUGGCGGGCAACAUGCUCAGCGUUGCGCUCUGGGUCGCAGCCACCGACUUCCGCACAUUUCUGGCGAGUCGCAUAGUUGGAGGGUUGAGCGAGGGUAACGUGCAGCUCGCUAUGGCGAUGGCAACAGAUAUUAGUGACGAGAGCCAGCGAGGCGCGACAAUGGCGCUUGUGGGAGUGUGCUUCAGCAUUGCAUUCACAUUUGGCCCAGCGCUGGGCGCAUACCUUUCGACUCUACAGGUCAUGGAUAAGAACCCCUUCGCUAUGGCUGCCGGCUUCUCACUCUUCUUGAUCGUCGCCGAAUCUGUCUACCUCUACUUCUGCCUCCCAGAAACCCUCCCAGCGGCGGCCGCGCCUACCGCCAACGGCAAAACCAACGGGCACGCAAAGGUCGAGAUAUCGAAACCGCACGUCCGAACCAACUCGCACACCCUCCUCAACGCUACGCAUUUCACGUUCAUCCUGUUCUUCAGCGGCAUGGAGUUCAGCCUGCCUUUCAUGACAUACGACCUUUUCUCCUACGAAGCCAAAGACACCGGUCGCCUCCUUGGCUUCAUUGGACUCGUAGCAUCGCUGCUCCAGGGUUCCGUAGUCCGGCGCAUGCACCCGCUAAAGGUCGUGCAGAUGGGCGUUGUAGCCUGCACAAUCGCAUUCGUGCUCCUAGGUCGCGUACAGACUCAAGGCGCAUUGUACGGCGCUGCAGCAUUACUUGCGGUCACAAGCGCAACAGUUGUGACAGGAUUGAACAGCUUGAGCAGCUUCGAGGCGAGUGCUGAUGAGAGGGGAAACAAGCUUGGAAACCACAGGAGCUUUGGACAAGUCGGUCGCGCUCUUGGGCCCCUGAUCUUCUGCUCAUUAUACUGGUGGGCAGGUCGCGAAACUGCAUACGCGACUGGCGCCGCGGGCAUGGUCGCUGUAUGCGCGCUCGUUUUCGGUGGAUUGAAGGUACCGCCAGGCACGGAGAACAUUGGCAAGAAACCCAAGAAGGCUGUUAGCGUUGAUCUAAGGAAGCUUCAAGGCGAGGGAAGAGUAGGAACAAUGACGGUCGCUGCGACUGCUGCCUCGGUGGCAGCUAUUUCGAGUCUUGCGGCGUAUGUCAAUGCGAAGUACCAUAUUGGGCAGGACUUGCGGACGAUUAAGUUCAAGAAGGGUGCUGAGAAGCAUUAUGCGGAGCUCGUAAGAACUAAACGCCAGUGCCUCUGGUACUCCUUCACCCCCCACGUCCCCCGAUACGCAAACGAGCUCUGCAUCUGGUCUCGCGAGAAAAUAUACACAUGGCAAGAAGUCCAUGACAAAGCCGUGCAAUGGGCACACUUCUUCCUCGAGCAGGGCGUCAAGCCUGGUGAUAUGGUCGGUACAUACCUCACGAACUCGGCCGACUUCAUCGUUAUAUGGAUGGGUCUGUGGUGCAUUGGCUGCGCACCUGCUAUGCUGAACUACAACCUGAGGGGCGAUGCGAUGAUCCACUGUCUCAAGAUCGCAGACGUAAAGCUGGUGCUUGUAGACGCAGACGCCGAGUGUGCAGAGCGCUUCUCAGUAGUCCGAGAGAAAGUCGAAAAUGAGCUAGGCGUCACACCCUUCACCGUCAACUCCUCCCUGCUCGAGAAAAUCUACUCCGGCCGCACCGAAGUCCCAGGCGAUGAAUACCGCGAAAACGUAACCGGCUUCGACCCGACCUGCCUGCUCUACACAUCCGGCACCACCGGGCUCCCUAAAGCUGGCAAAUUCAUGGUCAACCGCUACCACGAGCGCGGCAACCCGGAUAAACUGGCCUUCGACCAGACCGCCGGGCCCAAUGGCGACAGAUGGUACUGCUGCAUGCCACUCUUCCACGGCACGGGCGGACUGGCCGCGAUGGCCGCGCUCACGGGCGGUAUGAGCGUUGCGAUUGGCAAGAAGUUCAGCACGAACAGGUUCUGGGACGACAUCCACGACUCUGAUUCGUCGAUGUUCGUGUACGUUGGUGAAGCCGCUCGCUACUUGCUCAUGGCGCCGCCGCACCCGAGAGAGCGCGAUCACAGAUUGCGCGGUAUGUACGGCAACGGGAUGCGCCCAGAUGUGUGGACGCGGUUUAAAGAGCGCUUCAAUGUCCCCGAGGUCAUUGAGUUCUUCAAUUCGACCGAAGGUGUGCUGGCCAUGGUCGUGCAUUCCAAAGGCCCGUUCACAGACGCCACAGUCGGACAUCAUGGCGCUAUAAUCCGGCAGGCGCUGAAGAAUGUGUACGUUCCCGUGUCGAUUGACCCCGAGACCGGCGAGUUGAUGCGCGAUCCCAAGACCGGUUUCGUAAGGCGGAAUUCGUACAAUGAGGGUGGAGAGAUUCUGGUUGGUGUACCGAGUGAAGAGGCGUUUGCGGGGUACUACAACAACCCUUCUGCAACGAAGAAGAAGUUCGAGAGGGACGUGUUCAAGAAGGGUGAUCUGUACUAUCGGUCUGGGGAUGCGCUAAGGAGAGACGAUGAUGGGCGGUGGUACUUUCUGGAUAGGUUGGGCGAUACGUAUCGCUGGAAGUCGGAGAACGUUUCGACGGCAGAAGUCGCUGAGGUACUCGGGAAAUACUCAGGUAUCGGUGAAGCUAUCGUGUACGGGGCGCUUGUACCCAAGCACGACGGCCGAGCUGGUUGUGUCGCACUGCGACUUGCAGAUGGCGUAGACGCUAAGACGUUCGACUGGAAAGCGCUCCUCGAUUACAGCAGGAGUAAGCUGCCGCGGUACGCGGUGCCGGUCUUCCUGCGAUUAAUCCUUGUCGGAUCCAACACGGAUAAUCAGAAACAGAAUAAGGGGCCGCUGAGGCUGGAGGGCAUCGAGAUCGACAAGUAUGGCGAGAAGGUACCGAAUAGCCAGGAAGACGUGGUGCUGUGGGCCAAGCCGGGUGCAAACUCGUAUGUGAGGUUCACACUGGAAGACCUUCAGGCGUUGAGGAAUGGGAAGAUUACCAUAUAG